UUUCUCUCAGCCGAGAGAAUUAACCUCAAAAAGAAAAAAAACUUUAACAUUUAAUAUUUCGCUUCGCGGGGCAGACCGACACUUCGUGCAAAAACGCGUUGAUUGAGCAUAAUUACAUCGAUAUUUGAGUAAAAGUGGAAACAUAUUAAUUAGCAAAAGUAUGACUCUCCUGAAUAAACGUCAUUUGUAUUGAGCAAAUUGAUGAAAUUGAAUUUCAUAUUUACAACAAGGCAUUAUUUCUUAAGCAAAAUGCCUUACUACGCAGUAGCCAGGGGUAAAAAACCUGGAAUUUACGCCACAUGGGAUGAAUGCAGCGCUCAGGUUCUUAAGUUUCCUGGAUCGAUAUAUAAGAAAUUUGCAACGGGAAGCGAGGCUCAAAACUUCAUAAAGGAGCAUUCAUCUUCAGCUGAGGAGACAAAUUCUUCCAAGAGUCUCCUUUCGUCAAAAAUUGUUAAAUCUGUGAGAUCUCAGACUCUGCCGAAACAACUAUAUUUACUUGGUGAUAAACAGUCUGUGGUAGCCCCGACAAAAUUAUUCGCAUCAGUUUCAAAGAGGACUUUAUCGACAAAUGACAAUACUAAUGAACAAUCAAGUAAAAAGAGAAAAAUAGCGUCAGAUAUUUCAGACAAUUGCCUGAGCUCAGCUCAGUGUCUUAAUCAGGAUGACAAAGCGGACUUUAUUGUGGACGAAGAUGGCUACGUGGACGUUUUCACGGAUGGCGCGUGCAGUUCAAAUGGAUACAAGGAGGCGCGAGCCGGUAUCGGCGUUUGGUUCCGAGACAAUCAUCCCUUAAACGUAUCUGAACCGGUGGAGGGACGAGCUACCAAUAACAUGGCAGAGAUCCAAGCCGUCACGGUAGCUGCGAGGCAGGCGAAGAAUGCUGGAAUCAAAAAGCUGAAAAUCAAUACCGAUUCCAAAUUCCUUAUCUCCUGCAUCACGAAGUGGAUGCCAAUCUGGAAGAGAAGAGGGUGGAAGACGGUGCAGGGCAAGCCAGUUAUAAACAAAACAGAGUUGGAGGAAAUGGAAAAGGAACUGAAUUCUUUGACUAUUGCUUGGAAACAUGUGAAUGGACACGUAGGAAUUUAUGGUAACGAAAUGGCAGACAAACUGGCAAGAGACGGCGCCUUACGAUAUAAAAGUCAAGUUUAAGAACGAAGAUUAACAGUACAAAAUAUUUUCUAUAAAUUGCAUUCUAGAUUAUCUAAUUAUUUUUGUUUACGUAAACUUUCCUAUAGAAAA